UUCUCGGGAGAGAGGGAGGAAAGGGACAGCAUGAUGGUUGCAACCCAGUCUCACUCCUAAUUAAUUUCACUCGUUCCUUAUUCCAACAAAACUUCGCAAUGGCCGAUCGCCUCGUGGGUCUCAGCAUGCUCGUCGCAGCGACUGCCGUCUUCGUCUACUACACCGUCUGGACACUGUUCAUGCCCUUUGUUGAUGACGACCACAUCCUUCACUCUCUCUUCCUCCCACGCGUCUGGGCUAUCCGCAUCCCCGUCAUCCUCCUUAUUCUCGGUACCACCGUCGUUGGCAGCUUCGUCUCGGUAGUAAUGAUUAAGAGCAAUCGCAAGAAGGCACUCAAGGCCCAGCAGAAGAAGGCAUCAUAAACGAAAUCUAGCCCUAGAUAUAGACUGGGCUUUGGAGAAUGGGGUGAAACCCAUCACCCGUAAAAGGGGUCUCAGUGUAACACU